CCCGUCUACCCUCCCUUCUCUCUCCCCUCCCCACCCCUCCAGACUGGCAGGAUUGAGCCCAACUACCCCAAGGUCUGUGGCCACCAGGGCAACGUGCUGGACAUCAAAUGGAACCCUUUCAUUGACAACAUCAUCGCCUCCUGCUCUGAGGACACAUCGGUGCGCAUCUGGGAGGUCCCCGCGGGCGGGCUGAAGCGUAACAUGACGGAGGCGCUGCUGGAGCUGCACGGCCACAGCCGGCGCGUGGGGCUGGUCGAGUGGCAUCCCACCACCAACAACAUCCUCUUCAGCGCCGGCUAUGACUACAAGGUCCUCAUCUGGAACCUGGACAUAGGGGAGCCAGUGAAGAUGAUCGACUGCCACUCGGACGUCAUCCUCUGCAUGUCCUUCAACACGGACGGCAGCCUGCUCACCACCGCGUGCAAGGACAAGAAGCUGCGGGUCAUCGAGCCCCGCUCCGGCCGCGUGCUGCAGGAAGCCAGCUGCAAAAAGCACCGUGUGAACCGGGUGGUGUUCCUGGGGGACAUGAAGCGCCUCCUCACCACCGGGGUGUCGCGCUGGAACACCAGGCAGAUUGCUCUCUGGGACCAGGAGGACCUGUCCAUACCGCUGAUCGAGGAGGAGAUAGACGGGCUCUCGGGGCUCCUGUUCCCCUUCUAUGACGCCGACACCCACAUGCUCUACCUGGCGGGGAAGGGAGACGGGAACAUCCGUUACUACGAGAUCAGCGCGGAGAAGCCCUACCUCAGCUACCUCAUGGAGUUCCGCUCGCCGGCCCCGCAGAAAGGCCUCGGGGUCAUGCCCAAGCACGGGCUGGACGUGGCAGCCUGCGAGGUCUUCCGCUUCUACAAGCUGGUGACGCUUAAGGGGCUGGUGGAACCCAUCUCCAUGAUCGUGCCCCGGAGGUCGGACUCCUACCAGGAAGACAUCUACCCCAUGACUCCAGGCACAGAGCCUGCUCUGACCCCUGAUGAGUGGCUGGGCGGCAUCAACAGAGAUCCCGUGCUGAUGUCUCUAAAGGAAGGCUACAAGAAGUCCUCCAAGAUUGUCUUCAAGGCACCGAUCAGGGAGAAGAAGAGUGUGGUGGUCAAUGGCAUUGACCUGCUGGAGAAUGUCCCGCCCAGGACAGAGAACGAGCUUCUGCGGAUGUUCUUCCGGCAGCAGGACGAGAUCCGGCGGCUCAAGGAGGAGCUGGCCCACCGGGACCUGCGGCUCCGCCAGCUGCAGCUGGAGCUGCGAAACCUGCGCAACAGCCCAAAGAACUGCUAGCCCGCCGCCCGCCGCCCCACCGCAGACCGCCGCCCUCGCCCUCCGCAUGCCGGCAGGGCUGGGGGCAGCAUCUCAGGAGGCCGUGGGCCUGGACUUGUCCCUGAGGGUGGCCGCCAGGAGAUGGGGGCUUCCCACUGGGGCUCAGGGGACCCCCACCCGCCGUGCACCCCAGUGUCAGGGGGUUGGCUCCCCUUCAGCGCCUGUCCCCUCUGUCUCCACCCUGCCUUGUGGGCUUGGCCACGGGGCCCAGCCUUGGGGUUGCCUGACUCUCUGCUUUGGGGGAUCGGGUCCAGGAGCCCCCCACCCGCACAGGACGGGGCCUGCACUUCCGGGUCCGACGACACCCCCUCCAGGACAGAGCCGAAGCCAUGUCCCUUGUCCCUGAGCCCACCAGGAGUGCCACCACACGCCCCCCCAGACCCUGCUCGGCGCCCUGCGUCCCCCAGCCCAGGGACCCACCCAUGAGGCCUCUGAGGCUGAGGGGGACCUCUGGGGACGGCGGGCAGGGUGGUCUCCGGACACAGGGUCCCUGGGCACUUCUAUCUGUUGCUGCAGCCUUACACCUGUAGAGUGACCCAGACCCCCCCAGAUGCUCCACCUCCCCUCAGGCCUCCAAGCUCCUCCUAGGCCCCCCAGACACCCAGCUCCCCCCAGACACCCAGCUCCCCCCAGACACCCAGCUCCCCCCAGACACCCAGCUUCCCCCAGACACCCAGCUCCCCCCAGACACCCAGCUCCCCCACACACCCAGCUCCCCCCAGACACCCAGCUCCCCCCAGACACCCAGCUCCCCCACACACCCAGCUCCCCCACACACCCAGCUCCCCCCAGACACCCAGCUCCCCCACACACCCAGCUCCCCCACACACCCAGCUCCCCCCAGACACCCAGCUCCCCCCAGACACCCAGCUCCCCCACACACCCAGCUCCCCCCAGACACCAGCUCCCCCCACACACCCAGCUCCCCCCAGACACCCAGCUCCCCCCAGACACCCAGCUCCCCCACACACCCAGCUCCCCCCAGACACCCAGCUCCCCCACACACCCAGCUCCCCCACACACCCAGCUCCCCCCAGACACCCAGCUCCCCCCAGACACCCAGCUCCCCCCAGACACCCAGCUCCCCCACACACCCAGCUCCCCCCAGACACCCAGCUCCCCCACACACCCAGCUCCCCCACACACCCAGCUCCCCCCAGACACCCAGCUCCCCCCAGACACCCAGCUCCCCCACACACCCAGCUCCCCCACACACCCAGCUCCCCCCGACACCCAGCUCCCCCACACACCCAGCUCCCCCCAGACACCCAGCUCCCCCACACACCCAGCUCCCCCACACACCCAGCUCCCCCACACACCCAGCUCCCCCCAGACACCCAGCUCCCCCACACACCCAGCUCCCCCACACACCCAGCUCCCCCACACACCCAGCUCCCCCCAACACCCAGCUCCCCCAGACACCCAGCUCCCCCCAAUUCAUCCCCUAGACACCCAGCUCCCCCCAGACACCCAGCUCCCCCAGACACCCAGCUCCCCCAGACACCCAGCUCCCCCCAGUCCACCCCCUAGACACCCCCACCCAGCACAGCACUUUACAUGGAGUUUCUGGGGCGGCAGGGAGGGAGGGUCACAGACCCCCAAGAUGCCACCCUGAAGAUGGGUGUCCUGAGCUUUCUGUCUUCUCUCCACUUCCUGGGCUCCCCCAGCUCCUGGCCCACUGGGGGGGGGGGUCAGGAACGGGGGUCCCUCCCGUCUCACUAGUCAGGACCCACCAGAUGCCCCCUCCCACCCCUGCGACUUCUGGGGGGCCGCCAUGUACCCCCACACCCGCUGUCCACAGCCUUUUUGACUUUUCUCUCAGCCUUAGGGAUCUUCUGUGACUAUUUAUGCCGCCUUCCCAGAUCACAACUGAAAUAAAAUGUUUUCAACCGAG